AUGUGUACGGUCUAUGGACCCAUAUUCCAUGCCUUUGAGGUUGCCUGCGAUAAUAGCGAGACCUAUUUCAGACUCUUCGCUGAGCAAGUGGCCAAAUCUGCCUAUCUCGUAGGCCGUUCCUUCAAGGCAAUUGCUCAGGAUGGCUUUUGCGGUCCACAACCACCACAAGAACAACCAAAUGAGAGCACAGAAACAACAGAAGGGACUGGUCUCGCGGAUGGGCAAGGUAAUGAGGACAUCACAAAAGACAUUGAGGACGACGAAGACAUGGGCGAUCUCGACAACUCUGGCGAACCGCAAGACAAGGAUGAAGCUGGCGACACGGAAGCCAAGGAGCUUGAUGACGACGUGGGAGGCGAUCUGGAAUCUGUGGCUGGCGAGAAUUCGGAUGAAGAAGGAUCUCAAGACGAGGAUGAAGCUGAUCUCGACGAAGAGGUAGGCACCAUGGAUGAUGCGGAUCCUACUGCUGUCGACGAGAAGAUGUGGGAUGAAGAAGAGGACAAUUCAGCCAGAGACAAA